AUGGAGAAUAUUCACACCUGUAGAGAUAAUGAGUUCGGUCCUCAAGCCAGCCACGGUUGUCGCGGCGGAUUCGACUUUACCCUACUCUUUGAAGAAUGUUUCUUCUCAAUCGCGCCCUCAGUCCUGCUCUUGCUCAUUCUUCCCGUUCGUUGGAGACAGCUGCGACCUGGGCGGAUUCGCAAAGUCUCGCAAAAUUGGCUCUACAGGGCCAAGCUGGGCCUCGGACAUGCAUUUGGGGCAACUCAACUAGCUUUACUGGUGGUUUGGCUCUUGCCUCAUGCACCACGAACGCAAGCAUCCCUACCAGUUGCGGCAUUGUCUUUCGUGACCUCACUUGGUCUAUUGCUACUGUCGCAUUGGGAACAUCUCUUCUCUAUCCAUCCUUCCCACAUUCUCAAUCUUGCUUUAUCCGUGUCACUCCUUCUCGAUGCGGUGCGCGCCAGAAGCUUAUGGCUUGCGUCCAAUUUCGCUAUCGCGGGACUCUACUCAGCAAGUAUUGCGAUCAAGGUCGUCUGGUUCUACUUGGAGUCUCGCUCAAAGCAUGCGCUGCUAGAACAAGCCAGUGUUCAGUACGGCAACGAGGAGAUCACUGGUCUCUACAGUCGCGCCUUCUUCUGGUGGGCCAAUCCCUACCUUUUUCUAGGAUUUAAGUCUCUGUUUUCUAUCCACGAUCUACCGCACCUUGACCAAAGCUUAUCCGCCGAGAUUCUGCAUGAGCGGUUGCAUAACACAUGGAAUCAAGCGUCAAAGUCUUCGCACAAUGCUUUAGCUUAUUGCACGAUGUACACUUUCAAGUCCUCAAUGAUCUGUUCGUUCAUUGCAAGACUAGCAGUUAUCGGACUAAGCUACUCGCAGCCGUUCCUGAUCACGGCAUUAACAGACUAUGUGGAGAAUACCAAGCCUGACCGAAACAAGGGAUACGGCUUGAUUGGCGCAUUUGGACUUGUCUUCUUGCUCAAAGGGAUCUUCAGCUGUCUCUAUCAGCAUCACAAUUACCGCCUGAUAACAAAAGUCAGAGGCGCAGUCGUAUCUUUAAUAUACCAGAAGACCCUGACUCUGCAAUUUGAUGAGAACACCGACUCGGUCGCCUUAAAUCUGAUGAGCAAUGACAUCGACAACAUCGCAUUCGGAAUCCAGAACAUGCAUGAAGUGUGGGCAAGCCCCGUGGAAACCGGCAUUGCACUGUACCUGUUACAGCGGCAAGUCUCGUGGGCGGCGGCCGUUCCAGCCUUUAUUUCUCUCGUGGCUAUGUCAUCUACACACCUUCUUUCCAGCUCAAUGCCUAAUCGACAGAAAGCAUGGAUGCAGGUCGUACAGCAGAGAGUGGCGUUCACAUCUAGCUACCUGAAUUCCUUUGCCGCAAUCAAGAUGCUGAAUCUGCAUUCCCGCCUCGGACUGAUCAUGCAGCAGUUACGGAUCAACGAGUUGAACAAAGGGAAGAAGUUUCGCCAUGUUAUGGUUAAAAUGAACUUGCUUGGUGGUGCAAUUGAGAAUUUGAGUCCGGUGCUUACAUUGAGUAUCUAUGCGGCCAUCGCCCUUCAUACGGGUCGAGCCCCCUUGGAUAUGGCUGCGACUUUCACCACCCUCUCCAUUAUUUCUCUAUGGAGUACCCCGCUGUCAAACCUUGUUUACUCAGGACCCCGAGUGGCAGGAGCCCUGGAAAGCAUCCAGAGGAUUCAAGCCUAUCUUACAGCAGAUACAAAACCUGACUGUCGCACAGACCAAUCACAAACUAACAUUGCCGCAUCCAAAUCAACCCCAAUCGAGGUAAUGACUGAAACUGCAGGAUCCAUUGAGCUCCUUCCAAGUACAAGCAAAGUCGAGACGACCAGUGUUUCUACGGCUGAUCUGGUUCAUGCGUCUGACGCGGACUUCGGCUGGACAAGCACAUCAGACCCUACACUGUCGAAUGUGAACAUCAAGAUUCCUCCUUCCUCCGUGACAAUGGUCGGUGGACCAGUGGGCUCGGGUAAAAGCACCCUGCUGAAAGCAUGUCUGGGCGAAGUGCCUUGUCUCAAAGGCUCUAUCCAUAUCAACGUUGCCAACGUCGCGUAUUGCGGUACGAAGACAUGGAUCCGUAACCGCUCGAUUCGGGAUAACAUCUGUCACCCCCUUCCAUUCGAAGAAGACUGGUACCGCACCGUCAUUCAGUUGACAGCUCUCGAUCACGAUAUCGAUACCCUACCUGAGAAAGACCUCACGGUCAUUGGGAGCAAUGGCAUCUCCAUGAGUGGUGGACAACGGCAGCGAAUUUCCAUUGCUCGUGCAGUGUAUGCGCGGACCAAGCUCGCCAUCUUUGAUGAUGCGCUGAGUGCCCUGGAUGCUACCACUGCUGCUCAUGUGUUUGCCCGUGUGUUUGGCUCUCAGGGUAUCUUACGUCGUAAUGGGGUUGCAGUGAUCCUGGCGACACAUGAGGGAAGUCAUCUAGCUCAUGCUGAUCAUGUAAUCUUCAUGGAUCAAGGAACGAUCGUUGAGCAGGGGCCUCCUCGGAAACUUUGCAAACUGAGAGACCACGUUAUGCAGAAAGAAGUUGAAGACAGAUCCCUUCAGCAAAGGAUUUCGGAUAUAGAGCAGCGAAAACCCCGGUCCAGCAGCCCAAUACACCCUGACAACGUCUUAGCACGGCAUAAAGGAGACUUGUACGACUAUGCCUACUAUUUACGCACAUCGGGCGGGUGGUCAAUGGUGCGCUAUGCAGGAGCGCUGGUUGUUGGUCUCUUCAGUGCGCAAUUCGCCAGUCUUUGGGUUCAGUGGUGGGCGGAGACAAAUGAGAAAAAUCCCUUCGCACAGCUGGCGCAGUAUAUUGGCGUUUAUACCCUCUUAGCAGUGGCCGCGGCAGCCCUUUGGGCCUACUGCAUGUGGCUCGUCUUCUGUCGCAUCGUCCCCACGUCCUCAAGUCGACUCCACGAGAACCUGGUCACCACGGUCAAAGACGCACCGCUAUACUGGCAUACAUCAACCGACACGGGUGUGUUCCUCAACCGCUUCAGCCAAGACAUGACAAUGAUAGAUCGGUCGCUCCCAGCAGACUUCUUGAAGACAUCCAACUACUUCGUUCAGUGUGUCAUUAGCGUGGCUUUCAUCUGUGUCGGAGCCAAAUACAUGGCCGUACUGAUUCCUGUCACCGUGUUCGUCAUUUACUGGAUCCAGAAAUUCUACCUUCGCUCGUCACGGCAGCUUCGUCAUCUCGAAUUGGAAGCUAAGUCGCCACUAUAUACCCAGUUCACCGAGACUCUUAGCGGCCUUAUCACUAUCCGAGCCUUUGGCUGGCAGGAUAGCCUGCAGGCGGAGCAUAGGGAUCUGCUCCAGGCUUCCCAGCGACCGUACUACUUCCUGUUCGUCAUUCAACGCUGGUUGAACCUCGUGCUAGACCUGCUUGUCGCGGCUCUGGCAGUCAUGUUGGCUGUUUUCGCAGUCUUUGUGACUAACAUAGGCCCCAUCGGAGUUUCGCUGAUAUCCCUCAUCACAUUUAACGAACAACUCGCCGAGCUUAUCAACUGCUGGACGUCCCUAGACACCAGUAUCGGCGCCAUAUCUCGGAUCCGAAGCUUCGGAAAGGUGCCCACCGAGAAACUUCCUCAAGAAACCCAGACCCCGCCGCUUACCUGGCCAUCUGAAGGAUCGAUCGUCUUUCAGAAUGCGACCAUGGCUUACGCAUUAACUGCCUCCCCCAUUCUCCGCAAGGUAACACUAAGCAUCCCUGUUGGCUCUAAGCUAGGCGUCUGCGGCCGCACCGGUAGCGGCAAAAGCUCUCUCAUCCUGGCUCUCUUGCGCAUGAUCGAGAUCCAAAGCGGGGAUAUCAGUAUCGAUGGCGUGAGCCUUCAAUCCUGUCCGCGUGAUAGCAUCCGCAGCAAGAUCACUGUGAUACCUCAAGAACCAGUCCUGUUUCCCGGCACGAUUCGGGAGAACAUAACUUCGUUCCAGGCCGUGGACGAUGACAGGGUGCUCCGUGCUUUGGAAAAGGUCCAACUGAGGGAGUACGUCGCAACCCACGGUGGUCUUGACAAGGGUAUAGAGGACUUGCCGUUGUCGGCGGGCCAGAAGCAGCUGCUCUGUUUAGCGCGGGCUAUCGUCUCGAAACAGAAGAUUCUCCUGCUGGAUGAGGUGACGAGUCAUGUGGAUGAUGAGACAGACCGGGUUAUGCAGCGGGUUAUUCGGGAGGAGUUUCGCGGAUGUACUGUCAUUGCGGUUGCGCAUCGGGUGCACACUUUGGUGGAUUAUGAUCGAAUUGUGGUGUUUGAGGAUGGUCGGGUGAUAGAGUAUGAUGCGCCGGCGGCGUUGCUUGGGCGUUCGGGGUCGGUGUUUGGGCGGUUCUAUGAUCAGACGCGAUCUUUGAGGCAUUAA